AUGGCUUCUGUCCCCGGAUAUCCCGCCACUAUUGGCAGAGCUCGAUCAUCGGAUGCCACAUCAGUUCGAGACGAGACUACCGCAAGCACAGACAGAAGCAGUUUCACAAGCCCCUCACACGCAGAAUCUAUGGAGGGCAACGAGGCAGUUCUACUCAACAAACCACUCGCAUCCAGCGAGGAUGCGUCAGCUACCGCCUCAGACACCGCCACCGCCAGCAAAUCUCCUGUCCCGAGCUCGACCGCCACUGAGUCCGUGAAUGAAGAACCGCGCAAGUGCUGGAUCUGUUACACCGACGAGACGGAAGAUUCCCCCUUGAACUCCGAAUGGCGCUCGCCAUGUCCCUGCGCUUUGACCGCUCAUGAGGCUUGCCUCUUGGACUGGCUCGCUGAUCUCGAAAACCCUCGGUCCCGCAAACGCAACGGUCACGGAGCCAAGAUGGUGUGUCCGCAGUGUAAAUCUGAAAUUGUGGUCUCUCGUCCGCGAAGCUAUAUCGUUGACGUCGUUCGGAUGUUCGAGCGGCUUGCUGGACGGCUGGUUCUACCGGGUAUGGUGUUUACCCUGGCGGGUACCGUUUGGGCGGGAUGCUGCGCACACGGCGUUUAUUCGAUGUAUUUCGUUUUCGGGACCGAGGAAGCGAGACAAAUCUUAGAAGAGGCGGCGGAUGGUACUUGGAACUCGGGCUUGAAUCUGGGGUUACCACUGAUUCCGCUCGUGCUCAUCUUCUCACGGACUCGCUAUGCCGAGGGUCUUCUACCUGCCAUCCCAGUCCUGUUCUUCGCGACGCAUAACCCUGGCCAAGAGCUCGACCUUGACCUGUGGCCACCUAGUGCUGCUAUGACGUUUGCUGCGCUUCCCUAUGUUAAAAGCUUCUACAGCGCGGUCUAUCAAAGAUUAUUCGGCAAGCUGGAAAGGAAGUGGAUAGCCGAGGUGCAACCGCGCCAAGCAGAUAUCAACGAGUUUGAUGAUAAUGCGCCACCUGAGCAUCCGGAGGGAAGAAACGAUGCCGAGAAUGGCCAGAUAUUGAUGGAAAUUGAUCUGGAGUUCCAAGUUGGAAUGGGUAACGAUGUACGUCAGGGUAUUCUGGGUCUCCAUGCCGGAGAAAACGCUCAGAACAACGGGCAAAACCAAGGUGACGCGCAAAAUGGAAAUAAUAUGGGACUAGGACGGCGAGACGACCUCAUACAUGAGACAAACAACCUUGCCGAUAUCAUUCUUGGAGCUCUCGCAUUCCCGGCGAUCUCGGCAUCCAUGGGAGGUCUGCUCAAGUAUAUUCUCCCCAAGUCGUGGACAAGCGCACCGUCAGCCCUGGAGCGCGGCCGACCCGGUCUACUACAGACGCGGUGGGGACGAAGUGUCAUUGGAGGGUGCGUGUUUGUGCUGCUGAAGGAUGCACUGGUACUUUACUGCCGCUGGAAGCUUGCACAGACACACAGGAAACGAAAGGUACUGAACUACGACCGGAAGAAGAAGAAAGUCGUGGACCACUGA